UCAACAUCCAGCGGCCGAAAACCAUUACGUCAUAUUGAUGCGACUCACCGGACAGCAAACAGCAGUCGCUAGCUGGAGCACUUCUACCUUUACUUGCUGCGUCUUGUUUAUUUGCCGGAGACCGCUUUUACAUCUAGUGCGUUUUCCUUACGGCGGUAUGAGCCAUCGAUACGGAGGUGGAGGUGGAAGAAGAAGCAGAAGGGGAGGUGGAGAGUACAGGGAUGGAAGCAGAGAGCGGCUGGACAGAGGAAGAGGCGGCGGCGGCAGCAGAGGUCCCAGAGGACGUGGUUCCGACUUCGACCAGGAUCAAGGAGGUCCGAGGGACCGUCCGCCUCCACAUCUGAGGGGCCGGGAGAUUGGUCUGUGGUACGCACGGUACGGAGCCGCGAGGAGUAAGCAAGCGGACCGCAGAUCGCGGGCAGUGGUCCAUAUGGAUGAGGCCAAACAGGAGCACAUCACCAAGCUGCUCAACUUUGUCCAGAACGUCCAGCCUGGUCCUACGAGAGACAGCAGGGAGGCGCAUUCGUCCAUGUCUGACAACUGGCAGACAGCUGCCAGCAGUAGCGGUCACUGUUACUUUGACGGGGAUAUGCCUGAAGAAGAGAAACGCAAAUGUGAGGAAGAUGCUUCUAAACAGAAGAAAGCAAGUCGCACAUCACAACGUGACUCGUCCACAGCAGCAGAUAAAGAUGAACCACCAGAAAAUUGGGAUGAAGAUGAUCAGGAUGAGGUGGAGAAAGAAAAACUCAUAAAGAAGGACAAGGAUUUGGAGUUCUUAUUUCAGGAAGUAGUCAGAGACGCAUCACUGGAUGAUGACCUGAAAAGAGAUCUACAAAGCAAAAAAGCUAAUGUAAAUUACAAGGAAAUGUUGAACUUCAGGGAAAAGCUCCCAUCAUAUGGAAAAAAAGAGGAACUGGUGAAGCUGAUCAACUCUAACCGUGUCUUAGUGGUUAGUGGUGAGACGGGGUGUGGAAAGACCACUCAGGUCACGCAGUUCAUCCUGGAUGACCACAUCAAUAGAGGCAGGGGCUCAACAUGCCGCGUGGUCUGCACGCAGCCUCGGCGCAUCAGUGCCAUCUCCGUAGCGGAGCGUGUGGCUGCAGAGAGAGCAGAGAGUGUAGGAAAUGGAAAUUCCUGUGGUUACCAAAUCCGCCUGCAGAGCCGGUUACCACGGAGACAAGGUUCAAUACUGUACUGUACGACAGGAAUUAUUCUCCAGUGGCUGCGCUCAGAUCCGUUGCUAUCCAGUAUCAGUCACCUUGUGUUGGACGAGAUCCAUGAAAGGAACCUUCAGUCAGACGUUUUGCUCGUCAUAGUGAAGGAAUUACUUAACCUCCGAGAUGACCUCAAAGUCAUCCUGAUGAGUGCCACUCUCAACGCAGAGAAGUUUUCUAACUAUUUUGACAAAUGUCCAAUGAUCCACAUCCCUGGGUUGACAUUCCCAGUGGAAGAGUUCUUACUUGAAGACAUCAUUGAGAUGACCAGAUAUCGCCCACAGAAUCAGGACCGUCGCCCUGCAUGGAAGCAGCGUUUUUGGCAGGGCCGCCAGUCCAGAUCAGAAAAGGAGGAGAAGGAGCUGGAAUACAAGGAGAGCUGGCCGUGUUACGCACGUACACUGCAGGGCAGAUACUCUGACAGCACAAUUGAGGCGGUGGAGAUGUUGGACACCGAUGAGAAGAUUGAUCUGGAGCUGAUCCUGGCACUGAUCCGUUAUAUUGUGCUCAAUGAGGGGGAGGGAGCAAUCUUGGUGUUCCUGCCUGGCUGGGACAACAUUAGCAGUCUUAAUGACCUCCUCAUGGCUCAGCAGAUGUUCCGAUCAGAAAAGUUCGUCAUCAUCCCUCUGCACUCCCUCAUGCCCACUGUUAAUCAGACGCAGGUUUUCAAAAGACCCCCACCAGGAGUUACAAAGAUUGUGAUUGCAACCAAUAUAGCGGAGACCAGCAUCACCAUAGAUGACGUUGUUUAUGUGAUAGACGGAGGCAAGAUUAAGGAGACCAACUUUGACACUGACAACAACAUUAGCACCAUGACGGCUGAGUGGGUUAGCUUGGCCAACGCCAAACAGAGGAAAGGACGCGCUGGAAGGGUGCAACCGGGAAAGUGCUAUCAUCUGUACAAUGGGCUUAGGGCCAGCCUGCUGGAAGCCUAUCAAUUACCUGAAAUUAUGAGGACACCACUGGAGGAGCUCUGCUUGCAGAUAAAGAUAUUGAAGCUGGGCUCCAUUAGUCGGUUUUUGGAGAAGGCCUUGGACCCCCCCAGUGAGAAGGCUGUCAACCUCGCCAUCAAGAACCUCACAUACCUGAACGCCCUGGACCAUACAGAGAAUCUGACGGCACUGGGCUUCCACCUGGCACGUCUCCCGGUGGAGCCGCACAUCGGCAAACUGAUCCUGUUCGGAGCUCUGUUGGGAUGCCUCGACCCUGUGCUCACCAUCGCCGCUUCGCUCAGCUUCAAAGACCCUUUCUUCAUACCCUUGGGUAAAGAAAAGAUGGCAGACAUGAGGAGAAGGACUCUGUCCAGAAACUCCAAGAGUGACCACCUCACUAUUGUCUAUGCAUUUAAGGGAUGGGAGGACGCCAAACGACGGGGUGCUAGGUAUGAGAGGGAGUACUGCUGGGACAACUUCCUGUCUGCCAACACACUCCAGAUGCUUCACAACAUGAAAGGCCAGUUUGCUGAACAUCUCGUGAAUGCUGGCUUUGUCAGCAGCAGGGAUCCCAAAGACCCUAAAUCCAAUGUCAACUCAGAUAAUGAGAUGUUAAUUAAGGCAGUGAUUGUUGCUGGACUGUACCCUAAGGUGGCCAUGAUCAGACCAUCUCACAGCAAAAAAAGACCUGGGGUAAAGGUGUGCACCCAGGCUGAUGGAAAGGUGUGUAUCCAUCCCAAAUCUGUCAACGCUGAAGAGAGAGAGUUCAAUUACACAUGGCUCAUUUACCACCUGAAGAUGAGAACCAGCAGUAUCUUCCUGUAUGACUGCACCGAAGUGUCCCCAUUCUCGCUGCUGUUCUUUGGAGGAGACAUCACCAUCCAGAGGGACGAGGACCAGGAGACCAUCGCAGUCGACCGCUGGAUUGUCUUCAGAUCCCCAGCUCGCACUGCUCAUCUUGUUAAGAGUUUGAAGAAAGAGCUGGAUUCGCUGUUAGAAGAGAAAAUCAGUAACCCGGCUCCUGUGGACUGGAAUAACCGCCAAUCCAAAGACUGCGCUGUCAUCACAGCCAUCAUAGACCUUAUCACCACCCAGGAAAGGCCUGCAGGCAACAGCAAGGACGACGGCAGGACGUGGGCCUCUGCCCCGCGAGGGAGGCAGGUUUACUUCAAUGAGGACGACGACGAUGACGAUGAUUAAAAGCGGCUGGCCGUUUGGCUGGCAAUGAAGAGAGGAGCCUUUGCGAUGACUGACUGCACCUUCAGACAUGAGUUUGUUGGAAUAUUUAUGAUCGACAGCUGGCCUCCCCGAUGCUUCUGCUUGGUUUGAACCUUAGUGCUCCCUAGAUGCCGCUGAAGGCCAAACAUAGAAGGCUAGAGUGCUGAAAAAAAUGAAAAUGUUCUUCACAGGAAUGAGUCUUACUUUUCUGUCUAUUUUGACCAUUUAAUAUUCUUCAAGGACCAACCUCUCUUUAUGUAUCCUUUUUUUUUUAUUUCUGGAUUUUACAUUUUGAAAAAAUGCCAUCUCUUUUCAAGCAAUGUCACAUAACUGCUUGUACAGUAAACUACUUAUAAUGACUGCAGCUUAUACGGCCCUGUGAGCUGCAUAAUAAACAUUACCCAGAAGCAUGGAGAUCAUAACUGUCCACUGAAUGGAGAAGAAGCAUCUCCAUAAAUUAAAGGAUCAUCAAGUUGAUUGACUUAAGCAAUUCAAGUAAAACAGUGAUUCAAUA